AUGUUUACAUCAACUAACCAAAAUGUAUUUAAUCCGACAAAAAAAUUAAAUAUUAAUGCUUCAACACCAACAAAUUCUCAAAUAGCAACAUGUAAAUUAUUUGUUGGUAAUUUAGCAACACAUACAACAGGUGCACAUUUACAAUCUAUAUUUCAUUCAUAUGGACAAGUUAUUGAAUGUGUUAAAGUACGUGAACGUUAUGGUUUCGUACGAUUUGCUACUGGUGAAGAAGCACAACGUGCACUUGUUGCUUGUAAUGGUAUACAAUUAAAUGGUUAUCCAAUGAUUGUUGAAUAUGCACAAAAUGAAAUUCUUAUUAGUCCAUUAUCACCACGAACAAAUAAUACUAGUUCAUCAGCACCAUUUCGACCUCAUCCAUAUCAUGCUGGAAGAUCAACAAUAUCACAUCAAACUGAUACAAAAUUAACAACACCAAUAACAAUAAAUACAAAUUCUCGUCAUUCAACAAAUAAUAAUUCAAAUCGAGAUGAUAUUCCAUUAUUAUCAGUUGCAACAACAACAACAACAACAACAACAACAGCAACAACAACAGAUACAAAUAAUAAAUAUUCUACAUCAACACUUAAUCCUGAUGCAUCAUCAUUUACAAUAUCAUUUUCUCCAUCAAGUUCUUCUCAACAAACACAUUUAUUAAAUAAUAAAAAUUCAAAUAUUGAAAAUAUAUCUUCAACAAGUGAUUAUCAUUCACAAUCAGGUGUAUUAUCAUCAAGUGAUUCAUCAUCAAUACGAUCAACUGGUUCAUUAUCACCAUCAAUACUUUCAGCUAUUUCACCAUCAAUUUUAUUUCCAUUUGAUUCACCUGAUAAUGAACAUAAACAUAAAAAUAAAAAUAAAAAUAAAUAUAAUCAUAAUCAUAAUCAUCAUCGUAUAAAUAUAAAUGAAAAACGUCAAACAACAAAUUCAUCAUUAAAUCUUUUUAUUGGUGAUAAAAUUCUUAGUUUAUAUGGUUCAACAACACAUAUUGAUACAAAUAAUAAUCAAUCAACAAUAAUGAAUUUAAAUAUUCAAGAACGAAAUUGUACAUCAUUACAAUUUGAUAGUCGUGAUAUUGAUCCACGUGAUCCAAUAUUUAUUUGGAAUUUUGUAUUUUAUCCUGAUGUAUCAAUAAGUCCAUUUGUUAAACGUGGUGAUAUAAAAACAUUACUUGAACGUAGAGUUUCACUUUAUUCAAGAUAA